AUGGCCAAAGACCCAUUAGCCGAGGCAGGCUUUUAUUUUGAUGAACUCAACAAGUUACGGGUCCUUGAGCCUGAUGUCAGCCAGAAGACCUCAGAGCUGAAGGAGGAAUGUAAAGAGUUUGUGGACAGUAAGCACUGAAUCUUGUGUUAAGUUUAUUCAACUGAGCGUACCUUCCCGUUCAUCGUCAACAUCAGACCCUACAGGCUGUGUAAAUAUGAAUGUUCUUUUGCAGAAAUUGGCCAGUUUCAAAAGAAAGUGGGAGGUCUGAUUGAGCUAGUGGAUGAGCUAGCAAAAGAAGCAGAGACAGAAAAGAUGAAGGUAAGCUCAAUGCAAAGGGGCAAACAUACGUAUUCUUCUGCCCCAUUAUGAAAACACAAGUUUCAUUAAUAGUCCCGUUUUGUUCUCUUUAGGCGAUUGGCGCUAGAAAUUUGCUGAAGUCAGUGGCGAAGCAAAGAGAGGCUCAACAGCAGCAGCUCCAGGCUCUCAUAGCUGAGAAGAAAAUGCAGCUGGAGAGGUAAACAGUGAGUGGGUUGAUUCAAUAGCUAAACCCACACAAAGCUUGAUUGUGCUGCAUGCAAUUUAGAAAAAUUUGUGGUUGCUUGAAUGAAUGGCUUAACCAAGUAAACAAAAUGCCGCAGUUGCAACAUAUCUUCCAAGUGAAUGCUCAAAAUUUUCUCUAAAAGAUGGUUGCAUAAAUGGUUGGUAGUGGAUUUUAACACCUCUACCCUGUUAGACAUUUAUCAGACCCUCUCAAUCAGUACAUUUCAUUGAAGUAUAUUUGAUCAGGGUGCACACAAUUAGGUAACUAGGCAAAUUUAGGACCCAAUCCCCUACUUCCAACAAAAGUCAGAAAAGUCCAGAUUUGACUCUUUUGGUUCUAAUGAUGAUUUUCCUGUGGUGUGAGGUGAGUCACACUCAUUUGAAAUUGUAAAUGUUUAUAAUGAGAUAUUGUGGUACAUGGAGGGAAAAGUAGAGCACACACUCUGUGGAUAGUCGUAAGGAGUGGUAGGUGGCCAAUUAGGAGGCAGGCUGACUAAAGAAGGAAGCACAACAAACACAGCCAUGGUAAAAUUGGUAAAAGUGAUUUCUCCUUUGUUGAAAGGACCAACUUGUUGAUUUUGUGGCAACACCACAAGUCACCUGCAAAACAUCAAAGUGAGGAAGAGAGGAGUUGGACAGAAACUGCUACUGCGAUAGAUGUACCAAGUAGCUAGAAUCAUUUAGCUUAGCGACCGUAAUUGUUGGCGAUGUUUGUGUAUUCUUAAGUCAUGUUUGACUGCAAGAAGUUAAGAGAAAUUUCAGUUAUGAGAAUGGGCACUGAGUUUUGAUGAAUAAAAACUGUUGUGUGUUUUGUACUCUCUUUAUGAUAUGGUUCUUCUACCUCACACAUGAGAACAAAACUAUUAACUCAACUGUUAUUGAUGUCACGUGUGGUAUCAUUUGGACUUCUACAAAUCUUUGUCUGCGCUACGCAUUUGGGUGAGACAUGUUUCUCCAAAGAAUUUCAGGGGAUUGUGAGAUGCUGAUCUUUAAAAAUUCAUAGUUGCACUUCAAUGUAUAAAGCAGUACAAAUAAUUGUGAAAAUGACGUAUUGGUGUGGGACCGCCUCAAAGUAGAACUUAUUCUGUUUUGUUUUCUUUGUUUUAGAUAUCGCAUUGAGUACGAUGCCUUGUCCAAAAUUGAAUCAGAGCAGAAUGAGUUUAUCGACCAGUUUAUCCUGCAGAAGUGA